AAGCCAAAGAAUACCGAGAGAAAGCAAAAACUAAGAAUUCUGGUUCUUCAGAAAUUAACUUUAGCCAAAACAACCCAUAUAUCGAUCAAGAAACUACAAAUAACAACUCAGAUACAAUAUCGGCUAAAGAACCUAUAGCAGAGCA